AUGAAUAAAAGCAUUGCAGAGUAUUCAUAUUACUCAGCUUCCAUUUCAGGUGUUCUUGGAAUACCAUUCCUGACAGAAGAAUCAGCAAAUCAGUUUAUACGACUUAAACGACACUUACCAUAUUCUGAGAACUACUGGGACCCAAGCAGCAGCCAAAAUACGUGGGGAUACGCUGUGAUUGAACAGGUUAGCGAAUCAUGGGCAGCUUUGAGAGAGACAGCACAGUACUACAUGGACUUGAGAUCGUUUGCCUUUGAUCCAUUGAUUACCAGCGACAACGUCAGACCUUACAUGGACAUGCUACAGCAGUCUGGUACUCACCUCCAGCAACAGCCAAGGACGAGCAAUUGAAUCCUAUGCAUCUUGUAUCUGGCAAUACUAGGACAUGGCGUGUUAUCUAUUUACCACAAAUUACUUUACUUCAUCCCACUGUCUAAAACCACAAUUAACAUGCACAGUCUCUCAAUGACUAUUUUACAUUUUUACAUUCAUCAGUAGGAGUGAGAUGUAAGUCAUGGUAAACUGAAUAAAGAGAUGAAGACAAGGCAGUCAUUAACUUUUACCAAUUAGGUUUUAAACAAAAGAAACCACUUGGUUUUCAUGUAAAACAUUUUUUUUGAGUAAAUAAUUAUUUUUAAAUAUGAUUUCCUAACAGGAAACCACAUUUUUCCUCAGUAUUUUACUUCAGAUACAUUUCUGAGAAGAAAUUAAGAAAUGGAAAUUAGUUACUGUAGCUGGGUAGGAAUCUGAAUAUA